GACGAGCCAUGACUUCAGUGUACUUUCUGAUUCCGCAACGGAUCGAACGUGAGCGCGGUUGCAAUAAUCGAAGGACUCGUGCUUUGGUGAAGUCUUUCCGAGGACUUCGUACUCCCACUCGCAAUCGUAAUCGCAAUCGCAAUCGCACUCGCACUUCGUGGAGCAUCCGCCGCGGAUGCCGAGUGUCCUGCGGUGCAGUUUCAGUCGAAUCUCGGCGUUGGCCUGCAAUGGAUCAUUGGAUUCCCAAGCGGCGACUUCGGAAGUCAGCCAAGUAGUAGAGCGCGAGAAUUGAACGUGGCGAAUUCGCGUGUCGAAUCCGUUGGCAGGACAUGUUUGCCGGAUAUGUCAAACUACGUGGGCCCCUCCCACCUCCUCCCGGCGGCUUCCUCCUUCCGAGUGCUUCCCCGAGUGCUAGUGCUUAAGCAGAGGCAGGCUUAGAACCCACAACGCAAUAGCCAAAAAAGGAAUAAAGCAAAAUGCUGGCCCUGAGCUGGAUGAUGAUGAUGUCACGCCAUUGUCCUGGCCAAAAGUGAAAGUGUUGUUGCCGCUUUUCUGGCUUUUCUGGCCACGGCUGACACAUGAGCGGCUUAGUCAUGUGCCAUUAUCCCUCAAGUGAACAGCCUCGUAAUUGACUACAAAAGUUACCCGGCAAGAAGGAAACGUGCAAAAAAAACUCACUGCAAAUAUAGAGAAUUAGUGAAAUUAACCAUUAAGGAUUAUAGCCAAAUAAAGGAUAAAGGAUACUCUCGCUGAGCCAUGGAUACUCUCUUUGGACUCUGUUCCCUGCUGCUGCUGCUUUUCUCACAAAACGCUGCAAUCCUUGGCCAGCUGGACAGCAGAAUCGGGGGGAGUGGCAUUCUCUCACCGCCCCCCACCAGUCCGGCCACGCCCCCACUCAGCCUGCAGCCGUCGACGCCAUCAAUAACGCAUUUUGUAAAUGAGUCCUUCAUCAUCGUCUGCCAGACAGUACAAAAGGAUAUCGACACCAAGUGGCGCGAUCCCCGCGGACAGACCCGUGAGAACACCAAGGGACGCGUCCACAUCGAGAAGAAGACGGCGGGUCUGUUGGCUUUGGUUUUCGAGCACAUCUCACUGGAGGACAGAGGCAACUGGACUUGCGAGGUGAACGGGAAUAGAAAUGGGAAUCGGAAUGUAAAUGUUGAACGUGAAUUUUUGGCCUCCUUCGAGCUGCUCGUAAAUCAGAAAAUCUCAUUUGGCAAGACGGAGGAGGUGCAAUCGGUGCGCGAGGGACGCGAUGCGCUGGUCAAUUGCUUUGUGGAGGGAAUGCCCGAGCCGGAAGUCUCCUGGCACUACAAUGGCGAAUAUAUAAACACUGUAAACUCGACGAAGCACAAUCGCCUGUCCAACGGUCUGUACAUCAGGAAUGUGAGCCAGGCGGAUGCCGGGGAGUACACUUGUCGGGCGAUACGUAUAACACCGACUUUUUCGGAUACCGAUCAAAUAACGAUAUUGCUAAGGAUACAACAUAAACCCUACUGGACCUUCAACGAGACUCUGCCGGUGCAGUACGCCUAUGUGGGCGGGGCGGUUAACCUGAGCUGUGAUGCAAUGGGGGAGCCGCCACCGUCUUUCACCUGGUUGCACGACGGCAAGGGCAUCGUGGGCUUCAAUCACCGCAUCUUCGUGGCCGACUACGGGGCCACGCUGCAGCUGCAGGUGAAGAACGCCUCGCAGUUCGGCGACUACAAGUGCAAGGUGGCCAAUCCGCUGGGGAUGCUGGAGCGGGUCAUCCGGCUGCUGCCGGGGGCCAAGCCCUGGGGACCCACGCGGUUCCAGCUGAAGAAGCUCUACACCGACGCCUUCGAGCUGGACCUGCGCUCGCCCCGCAUGACCAACGUCUCCGCCGAGAUGCAGAUCUACGGCUACCGGGUGGCCUACCUGAGCGACACCGAGUUCAAGUUCUCCGCCGGCAACUGGAGCUACGCCAAGCAGAGGGACUUCUCCGUCCACCGGGGUUACCACUUUAUAGUCCCGCACCUCGAGCCGAACACCACGUAUCUGAUGAGGGCGGCCAGCCGGAAUCUCGCCGGAUUGAGUGACUGGAGUGGCGUGAAGGUCUUCACCACGGCGGCAGGUUGCAGCUGGAAUCCGCCACUAUAUCCGAUAUACGCACUCAUUCUCGCUUUGGCCUGGUCAUAGAGCUGGUGCCAUUCGAAUGGCAAUACCAGAUACCAAAAACCAAAUGCAAUCCCAUCCCGAACUCGUUAUUGUUGCUGCUAAGUUUUCUGUUUUCUUGUAUCUUCUGUGAUAGAAAUUUGUGUGUGCAAUUCACUUAAACCUAACCCGAGAGUGUUUGGAGGAGGGAGUUAUUAAACGAAAUGCUUUUUGCUAUAUAUACGACGAUAUCUGUUUAGCCUAUUGCCAAUUUUUGCUGCCAAUUUUCAUUCAUCGAUCGCAACGCAUUUUUUGUACGAUUUUUAUGAUAAAACAAGCAUCAAGAAGUUAUCAACGGACGAUUUUGAAGUGGGCGGAAUCCUUACAAUACAUACAGUACAUAUGCAUUGUCAACUCUACCUUAUAGUUAAAUAUGAAAAGCCCAACUCUACAUAAAUGUUGUUCAAGCUAAAAACUAAAUCGAUAUACAAGUAAACCCAAACAAACCCGAAAACUUUGAUGAAUUUUACAAACGAAUGGAAGUCCAAAUUAUUGAUUAUAAAUUAAAUGAGAGCAACUCGAUAAUAGAAAAAAUGGAUUGAAUUAGCUUAAUUGAAGUGGAAACGAAAAAUGAAAUGAGAAACGAGAAACGAAACCCCAAAGUAAAACCAAAUGUUUAGCUGGUAAGCAGUGCGUAUGAGUAAUACAAAAUAAAAUUCAACUGAAUGUGUA